CGCAUGUCCCGAUUAAGGAAGUGGCCAUUAAUCUGUUAAUACCUUUUUUUUACAGUCUAUGGUUAAUCCUUAAACCAAGAGCCACAAUGCGGCGCUGCAGUAUUUCACGCGAGGUUUUCACAUGCGGAAGUGAAUUAUACACUUCUCGGAAGUUGUUUAUGUGACCGUCAUAAGGGCAGACAUUUUGGCCCGUGUAAAUGACGCUUUUGCAAGAAUUUGUUGGAAAAUAUUAAAUAACCCGUGUCUGCUGCAACAAUUUCUUUGUAUAUUUACCCUCAUAUUUUACCACAACCAUGUGGUAUGAGAUAUUGCCCGGGUUUGCUAUUAUGACAGUAUGUCUGAUCAUUCCUGGUGUUGCAACUGCUCAAAUCCAGAAGUUCACAAACGGUGGAAAGGAAAAGCGGAUUGCACGGGUUCCCUAUCACUGGUAUUUGAUGGAGAGAGACAAGAGAGUGUCUGGAAGUGGUGAACAUUACCGAGCCAAGGGACUUGAAAACAUCAAGUGAAAAGCCACCCAGAUGAAACUGAAAUGUACAUUUUGUCCAGCUGUCUAUUAAAAAUUUGUCUCUAAAUUAUUAA